AUGGUUUGUCGCUUUCCACUCCUAGUGCGGAUCAUUCCAGAAUCGACGAUACAAAUCUCACGUUCUAGCAGUAAAUCUUGGCACCCGAUCAGUUUGUCGAUAAACUAUCCCACCACCACCACCACUACCCCACUUCAGUACCUCCACUGCUACCAUACCACCGCAGCCAGGGGUGCUCUAGCGUCAGAAGCCAUGACGCAGGACACUUUGGCAGAGAUCCCCCCGCCAAAGGAUCCAAAGGAUCCCAAGGACCCCACACCGUUCAAGUUUGGCACUCGCCUGCUCACCGAUCCAUCCAGCGUCUUCGAGCACAACGCCUGGGAUCACGUCGAAACCGACGAAGCCUACCGCGCCACCUCGGCCGCGCAGAUAUCCUUCCAACGCUCGCGGCCGGUGGAUCCCUUCAACAAGCAGCGCUUCAACAGCGACCCGGCCAAGUGGUGGGACGCCUUCUAUAAGAACAACACGACCAACUUCUUCAAGGACCGGAAGUGGCUGCACCAGGAGUUCCCGCUGCUGGAGGCACUGACGAGCCAGGGCGCUGGCAGGGCCACCAUCGUAGAGUUGGGAUGCGGGGCCGGGAAUACCUUUUUCCCGGUGCUGAGGCUCAACGGGAAUGAGGAGCUGUGUCUACAUGGGUGCGACUUCAGCCGCAAGGCAGUGGAGUUGGUGCGCGGGCAGGAGGAGUUUAGGAAGGAGGUGGAGAGGGGGGUCAGGGUUUGUGCUUCUGUCUACGACCUCUCGCAGAGGGACACUUUACCCGAAGGGGUGGCGGAGGGGAGCGUGGAUGCGGUUAUUAUGGUGUUUGUGUUUUCCGCGCUGAGUCCCGAGCAGUGGGCCGAUGCGCUCGCCAACGUUCGCAGGAUGCUGAAGAUAGGUGGGAAAGUCCUGUUCAGGGAUUACGGGCGUGGGGAUUUGGCACAGGUCAGGUUUAAAGCUGGCCGCUACCUCGAGGAGAACUUUUAUGUGCGCGGGGAUGGGACCAGGGUGUACUUUUUCGACGAGGACGAGUUGAGUACAUUUCCCAAAGGUGACUUUGGUGGCUUCAAAAUCAACAACAUUGGCGUCGACCGGAGAAUGCUGGUUAAUAGAAAGACACAGGUGAAGAUGUACAGGUGCUGGAUGCAGGCGGUUCUAGAAAAGCUGUAG